AUGGCCCUGCUGCAGUUUGGCACCACCUUGGUCUUUGGUGUGCCGCCCCUAUGGAACAAUGAAAACCAGCCAGACCCGCGACUGAGAAAGGCGCAGGCGAUGUUGGUCGGCAUCCUCGGCACCAUCCCCACCCUCACCCUCGCCUACCUCACCGCUCCCUUUGUCCACCAAGUCUUUCUCCAGAUUCCCGAAUCCGCCCGCCGUUCCCGCCAUGAUCUCCUGCGCUUCGCCUCCACCCUGCGCAAGCAACCCCACGCAACCGCAAACACCAAACUCGAGUUUGUCACUCUCCGCAUCUUCCCCUUCCGCAAGCAUACGACUGCCUUCCUGCACGAGCUGCGUGCCUUGCCUCAGCGUCGCUUCCGCCUCGCCAAUAUCGAGCUACCCAAGACGGAAGCGUGGGCCCAGCGACAGAGGGAAAAGGGCAUUCUCAGACGCAUGAUUGAUGUGAUUAACGAGCCUAGGUUCAAGUUUUAUGUCAAAGAGGGAAGGCUGUAUACGAUGAAGACGGGCGUGCCUGGCGUGUGGGAGGAGGUUGCGGCGAGGAUCCGCGAUCAGACGGUGGCCGAGACAGACGAGGCCGAGAGGAAAAAUUACGUGGGUGGGAAUGCUGGUGUGGCGAAGAAGCCGGUUGUUGUUGCGAAGAGGGUGGUGAAGCCUGUGGGCAAGGUUGACGACAGCAUCAAGAGGCAGACGACGAGGCUAGCUAGGAAGUGA